CUCAAAACCCGCACUCACAAUUCCUGACUCAAAAUCUGCACUCAUAAUUCCUGACUCAAAACCCGCACUCACAAUUCCUGACUCAAAAUCUGCACUCAUAAUUCCUGACUCAAAACCCGCACUCACAAUUCCUGACUCAAAAUCUGUACUCAUUACUCCUGACUCAAAAUCCUCACUCGAAUCUAAUCUCUACGAAAAUCUUCUACAUGUCAAAGGCUAUACUAGUUAUGUGAUUUAUAAUCGUGUGCCUAAAUGUGCAUCAGAAACCAUACGCUUCGUAUUUCGUGAACAAGCAAAUGCAAGAGAUUUUAGUAUAUUAAAUUCGAGAAUUUAUGCUCCAUUUGAUUAUAAUGACACUAUGCAACAGAAAAUUAUUUCAAAUAUUUUUAAACUGGCACAACCGGCACUCUACGAACGACACAUGUAUUUUAUCGAUUUUACAGCAUUUCAAAAGCCUCAACCAGUUUACAUCAAUGUUAUUCGUGAUCCAUUACAACGGGCAAUAUCUGAUUAUUAUUUUACUCGAGCUACAUACGAUUGUGUAAAAAAAUAUCCGGAACUAUGUCUCAAGGCAAUUCAAGGUGUAAGUAAUGUAGUGCCUUUUUUCUGUGGUCAACAUCCUGAUUGUCAACGUAUUGACGAUUGGUCAUUGAAAAGAGCUAAACAAAAUAUAAAUCAAUUUUAUACUGUUAUUGGAAUCACUGAAGAUUUAUAUAAGUUUUUUUAUGUCCUGGAAAAACUAUUACCAUUAUACUUCAAAAAUGUUUGUUUACUGUAUAUGAAAGAAGGUAGUGAACGUGCGGAAAAUCAGUUAUAUUCGAAAUAUAAGAAAAAGCCAUCAAAUGAUACUAUAGCCAUAUUACGAAGAUAUUUGACACAUGAAUAUGACCUUUAUGAUUAUGUUAAAUCAAGAUUUUAUACACAAUAUAGGCAAUUAGUUGACUUAGAUAAAUGGGGUUGA